GCUGUGAGCCUUUACCGCUGGUGUGUGAUCCUACAAUAAUUAGGAAGAAGAGGAAGAUAAAAACUGCAGCUGCUGCCAAACAUGGACAUAACACCGAUGCUGUCAGCUAGCAGAGAGAGUAGAGUCCACCGUGUGAAAGUAGGACGAGCUAUUUACUUUUAUUUGUGAGCGAUAGCCGUUAACAGGAGCACAUUGUUUCUUCCCAAGUGACUUAAUGAAGUUUUCACCCUGCUUGUAAGCAACAGAGCCGCUGUCUAAGUUGUGAGAGGAAGGAGAAAGUGGAAGGAGCUCAGGAAAGAUGUCACUGGAGUGCAUUAUGACAUCUCCUCCACCUCCACCUCCUCCUGCUCUUGGACCACCACCUCCUCCACCUCCACCUCCUCCUGCUCCAGGGCCUCCACCUCCUCCAGCCUCAGCCCCUAAGAAGAAGCUGUAUCAGACUAUAGCCAGUAGCAGGAGUCCUGUAGAGGGGAACCACACUGAGGCUCGCUUACUGCUCAGUCAGAGGGAGAGCAGUUUUAGGAAGGACCUGCAUUGGAUACUGGUGAACACAUAUGUGCCUUCCCUCAUCCAAGACGGUCCACAGUGUGGUCUGGUGGCUUUGUGGAUGUCUGCUCACCUUCGACAGCCACAGCUGAGUAUUGACAUGGAAACUGUGGUUCAAACAGCAUUGAGCAGGGGAUACACGGCACAGGGUGAAAUGUUCUCAGCUGAAAACAUGGCCCUGCUGGCAGAGGAGGUUUGUGGCUGUAAGGCAGAACUGCUGUCAGGGGGCUUAAGAGGUAAUAAUGCUGCUACCAUCAUCUCACACCUGUGGGGGAGACAGCCUGUUCUCAUCCCAUAUGACGAGGACUACAACCACGAGCCGUGCCAGCGCAGCGGCCACAGGGCGCACUGGGCAGUCGCUUCAGGUGUUCUCCUGGGUUUGGAGCCGGGCAGCGUGAUCAAAGAGCCCACUCAACCUGAUCCCACUCUGCCCUGGCUCUCCCUCGCCGCUGACAGCAGCUCUCAGUGUCCUGUCGGUAGCACAGCAGUCGAAGAGGUUUACAUCCUGGCUAAGCAGGGUAAAAGCCUGCGCUACCAGCUGUGGAGUUUGGACAGCGUAGCUCAGAGCAACGAGCAGCUGAAGACAAUGGACCCUCAGAGAGCUAAUGACGGGAGCCGGUAUGUGGUUCCUCAAGGAGGGGUGGAAGCCGGGCUGGCUGGACAGGCUGUGUUGCUCCACACAAGGACACAGGAGCAGGAAUGAGUGUGACGCAGGUCUUGGUUGUGUGGAGAACAAUGGCUGUCAUCUAAGACUCAGAAAACACUUUGAUCUGUUGAGUGAACUCUCAUGGUGCUAUGUUACUGAUUCCAGGUCAACACAUUUAAAGUUGUGUUUUUACAGUUGUGGGUUAAAGAACAAUCUGAUGUCUGCCUGACUUCCUCAAGUAUUUGAAUCAAUCCAAAAGGGCUUCAAAGUGUUCAGUAAUUAUGCUGUGUGCAACAGUUCUGAUGUUGUUAUGGUUAAAUGAUGUUACAACAGGAGAUUAUUUAAAUUAGGCAUCCACAUAUUCUGCUACACUGGGGUCAUCAAGUCCCUUUAAGUCUCUAGUUUUAUCAGACCUGUGCAGAGAGUGGUGUGGGCAACUUGAUGCAUGUCUUAAUACAUUAUCAAAAAUAUUGGAUUUACAGUGUUGUUGCAUCAAUAUGAUGAGAAAAGCUAGUUUUUUUUUUUCAUUGGAUAAACCAAAAACAGAAAUUCUUGUCUGGUUAUUUUCAGUUUAACAAUCAACAGAAAAUACACUUAUCAGUGUACAUUACUUUUUUUAAAGUUGAUAAACUGAAUGCAGUUUUUAUGGAGAGCAUAAUUUUUGUCUUGCAGGUUUACAAUCUCUUGGUGCUUAAUACAUCACUGACUGAAAGGAAUAUAUAUAUAUUUAUACAACAAAUACAAUUCUUGAUUCAUUAUUUUGUCAUCUUGAUUCCCUGCCUGUAAAUGUUCUGGGAUAUUCAGUAAAAGAAAUGUUUAAACACUGAAA